AUGGCGGACAGCAGGGAAGGGGUUUGUGACUCGUCAGACGAAAGUUCUCAUACGAUUCAAGACUCGACGAGCGAAUAUUCCACAUCCUCUGAAAGCGAAACUGACGAGGAGGAUUUGACCGAAGUAAACGACAUCUUCCGGCGGCCGUAAAAGAUCAAAACCUGCAGAGGGAAAGGCGGCUGCGAAGACCACGCGGCCGCAAAAAAAAAAGAAAAGUAACCGCACUGGACAGCAAAGAGAUAGAGGAUCUUGCCUCUUGGAUUUUUUCUUCAGAUGAAGCAAAGAAAGUGGAACAACAUAUAAGAUCGUCUUUGCUAAAUGAUCCUCGCGUCGAGUCUCGAUCAGAUCGCAAGCAAUUUGCCAAACAUUUGUUAUGCGCCCCUGAAGGGUCAAACUUUGAACUGUUGGUGACAGGGUUUUGUCGAAGGUUUUCAACCUUGGCACAGGAAUCUUUCGCAAGUAAUCUCCAGAGUUACAGAAAAGCGGCUUUUUCGGUUGCCUGGAUGAAACCGUUGACCAAUUUUCAGCCUGGAAAGAUAACUCAGGAGAGAAUGAUAGUUGAACGGCUUUUGCGAAAAGCACCACCUACUAUAUUUUCUGCAGACUGCGUUCAUUCGGUCCGAAGCGUUGUCCACGAAGCUUUCUACGGUAUGAUUCAUGAACACAUUCGUUUAAAGAAAGCGGAAAACGAGGCUGAUGAAGACUCUGCAGGUCAGAGGCGCCGCGAGUUGCCAGAAGAGUCCGAUGACACUUUGUUUAGGUACUGUGGAGCCGCUCUUCAAAGAAUGAUAAAGCUGAGGACAGAAACACUCGCAGGGAAACAAGGACGGGGAGAAUUGUCAAAGGAGAGAAAGCCAGUAUUGGAAAAGGAGCUGGAAAUUCUACGUGAACUCGUUAUGAAGGACAAGUCGGAUAUUUCCAAUAGCCUGAAAAAUUUAGACGAAGGAAAUUUUACAUUCCCCAGGGCUAAACUUAUUCCUUUCUUAAGAUCUCUGGACAGAGAAGUUCGCGAAUACGCAACAGACUCAAACCUUAAAAAAUCUCCGUCGAAGUUUCUGAAGACGUGUCAGAAUGCUGUGUUAAAUAAUGAAAACCUUGAAGCGGAUUUCCGCGUACUUGUUGCAUCUCUUUUCAACUCAGAGUGUGCUACCGAUGUGGAACUUGUGAAUGGUCUUUUUCACGGUGUGAUAUCAAAACUGGCGAACACUCGUAUCAAUGAGUUUAUGAAUGCAAGAAUAGAGAGGGAUCUU